UGCUCAAAAAUUCAAACUAUAUUUGACUAAAAAGCGUUAACGAAACAAGGAAUUGUGGCAUUGCCUCUGACUGUCCGGGGAAAAAAAUAAAUCACAUAUGCCUGCUCAGUGUACAUUGUAUACAUUUCAUAUUUGAUUGCAGUGAUAGUUAAUUAUCGUUUGGUGCAGCGAUUUGGUACCCUACACCUACAUAACGUCCAACCGGUUUUUCUACGGAAAAUUCAGAAACAUGGGGAAGAUAGGAUUAGAAUUCAAAGCGUGUUUAGAAAAUGUCAAAAGCUUGCGUUGCUGUGGAAAAGAUUUCAGAUGGUUUUUGAAGUUCCGUUGUAACAAUUGUGGAGAAGUUACUGCAAACUGGCAGUAUGUGACUGAAGACAUGUCUGCAGAUUUAAAAGGUGGUCGUGGGCAAGCAAAUAUGGUAGAAAAGUGUAAGAUGUGCUCCAGAGAGAAUUCAAUAUCUAUCCUAGAAGACAGAGUUCAACCAUACACUUUUGAAGAUGACCUAAAAUCAAAAGUAAUUGUUGUAUUUGACUGUAGGGGUUUGGAACCAGUCGAUUUUGAUCUGAGAAGUGGUUGGGAAGUUGAAUCAAAUAGUUCAACGAAAACCUUUUCAGAUGUUGAUCUGAAAGAUAAAGACUGGUUUGAUUAUGACGAAAUUGGGAGUGAAACUAUCGGUAUCACCGAAUUAACAUUCAAAUUUGUAAAACUAAAGAAGUGAACUUGGACCUGUAGAUUAAAUUUUGAAUACAGAAAUACUUGAAUUACAGAAUUACUCUUUUGCCUAAAAAUGCCUCCAAAUGCAUGCUCAAUGUUUUGAAAUUUAUAUAUAUUUUUAUAGAACACAGCCAUGGCAUUGUUGUAUCAAAUGGAUUUCAGCUGACCAGUUUUUAAUACUGUAAAAGCCUGUCCCCUGAAACCUAAUUAUAUAUCUCUUGAUUGUGAAUAAACUAGAUACAGUAUGAUAUUUCGCUGCUAUUUAAAAACUAAUUUAGAUUCUAUAAUUAUGGUGACAGGUU